AUGCCCAAUAAAUACAUCCGUAAACAAAGCACAUCGAAAAGGGGUUCUUGGUCCCCUAGGGCUUUAAGUGAUGCAGUAGAUGCUGUGAAGAAUGGCGAUAUGGGCAUCAAUGAAGCCGCCAAAGCAUUUGGGAUACCCAAAACAACUUUCAAGCAUCGGUUAAUAGCAAACAACACUGAUAAGAAUGAUCGAUUGGGCCCGGAUUGUUCUUUGGGCUCGAAUGCCGAACUUAAAAUUGUUAAUCACAUCAAGAAACUGCAAAAGGCAGGCUUUGCGCCCACCAGAACUGAAGUAAAAAUCAUGGCGUUUAAUUUAGCUCAGCGAAUGGGGAUCCCAAAUAAAUUUAAUCAAAAAAAAGGUAAAGCUUGCCGAAAAUGGUUAGUACUAUUUUUAAAGCGAAGACCGGAAAUUUCAAUCAGGAAAUCGGAAAACACCUCAAUUGCGAGAGAAACCGUAGACUUCAGUGAUUUAGAAAAUGAGUGUGUCGGAUGCAAGGAGGACUAUCGCCAAACAUGUAAACAAGACGACUGGUUACAAUUUCGACCGAAAAAAUAA